UUGAAACCAAUGAGAGCUCACAACAGACAUGACAGGAACUGAACUAAACGUAAUCGUGACAACUAUGUGGGUACUGUUAUAGGCUACUGUUAAAGAAUGAUAUUAUUGUUUAACACCACCCCCUGGUGACAAAAGCUCGUUGAUAUAUAUUUCAAUGAUUAUAAUGCCUGAAACGAAAGCGAAACUGCUCUCUCUAACGGUUUGCUACAUCACGGUUCUUGCAUAGGUAGAAAUGUCUGCUGAGGAUUUCAGCAUUGUUACAGACUGUGAGUCUCUGAGAUGUCAGGACAGUGUACUGGAGAUCAACAAAUACAAGGCACAAUAUGAAGCAUUAGUGAAGGAACAACAAAUACUGAGAGAUGGCAUCGAUACCAACAAAUACUAUGCCAAGGAAUUUAAACAACGAGCUAAUGAAAAGAAAGCAUUAUCUGAAGAAGAAAACAAGAAACAUAUUAAGGCAACUCAGAAAGAGAAGGAGCGAUGCAGAGCUGUACAGGAGGAGAACGCCAAGCUGCAGAAGGAGAUCCUGAAACUAAAGGAGGAGAUGCAAAGCCUGGACUGUAAAAACAGCACUCUGAAAAAGCAAACUGAGAUCUCUACAGCAGUGCCUGAGAGGAAGGUUGUGUUUCGGGGAAAUACAAAAGAGGGAGCCCAUGCUGUGAGUUUUGAUGUGAAUCCCCAAAUGGUUUAUCCGAUGGAGGGUGGAACCGCACUGAUCACCUUUGAGGAAAAGGAUGUGGCUCAGAAAAUACUGAACCUAAAGAAUCAUUCGGUGGAACUUGGAGACUGUACCAUCAAUGUGCAGGCAAAACCCAUUCAGUUCCUGGUACCCAGCUAUGUUGAGAUGGAAACACAAGUGUGCCCACGCAGAAUCCUAGUCUCCAACCUGCCAAAGGAAGAACCAGAGGAGAGAGUACUAGACAAACUGGACAUCCAUUUCUCUAAGAAGAAGAAUGGAGGCGGCGAGGUGGAGGACAAGGACAUGCUACAUGACUCUGGCACUGUGGUCAUUACCUUUGUAGAUGAUAACAUUGCUAAACGUCUUUCUGACAAACAAGAUCAUGAGGUAGACUUUGGUAGAAAGAAGUACAAGGUGAAGGUCACUCCAUUCCUCAAUGGCGAGAUUUCCCAAAUGAAGAUCUGUGACUCCGAGUGCAUGCGCACAGUGCUGCUGACGGGCAUCCCUGACAUCAUGGAAAAAGAUAACCUGCAGGACCACCUGGAGAUCCACUUCCAGAAGACGGCCAAUGGUGGCGGAGAGGUGGAAGGCAUCGUCUACAACCCUCUAGGCCACACCACCCUGGCUCUGUUUGAUGAGGACUAUCCUCAAGACAGCCAGAGCGAAAGUUAGAAACCUCUACAGCCCAGAGGUCCAAUGCUGCCUUUAGACGACAAAAUAGAUCAUUCAUUCAUUAUAGACUUGAUCAAGCAAACUCCUAAUUUGUAUGCAUCUCGCAAAAAGUUAUAUAGUAUGUAUCUCUUUCCCUCUUAUUUACUGUAAUAUUUACUGUGAUGUUUGCAAUACACAAAUGGGAAAACCAAAAAAAAAAAAAAGAAAAUAGACACACACUUUUUUUUUUUUUUUUUUUUACAUUUAAGCUUAUUUGUUUAGCUGUUUUGAUUUUUAGUCAGUCGUUCUAUUUUUGUUAUUACAGUAGUGAGGAAUGUUGGCAGAUAUGAGCUUAAUAGUUAUAAAAAAAAUUAACUAUGCAAAAUUAAAAAUGGUACUUUUUCUUAUACUUUCUGAUUUAUUUUAUAAUAUAUGAGCCAGACAUGUUUUGGGUUUUUGAAAUUCAGCAAAUAAUGUGCACAAGAAGUUUCUACACAUAUUACAUCCACCAAAUAUUAAUGUUGAUCAAAAUCUAUGCUUAAUAACCAAGCAACUAGACUUUCAGAAACCAAUAUUUAUAGGCGGUUGAAGCCAAAGGCAUUCCGUAUUACGCAUUUGGAUGAAAA